AUGACCACAAAGAUUCAACACGCAUUAGAUGAACUCGCUACCAUAUUCGAAAAGACACACUCGAAGCUACCAAAUAUUGAAAACGAGUUCGAACAGUACUCGAGUACAGCUGAAAAAGCGAUUGGCAUUACUUUCGAAUACGGUGUACUCCUGCAUGCUUGGGUUCAUGGCUUCAGGACUCACGCUCAACUUUUUAACACAUCCCACAAUCCCUCCACUACGAACAGUGGCAAAGAUAAAUCUACCGUUACUGCGGUCGCGAAAAAUCUGGAGCUACCCGCAAUUCCAAUCCCAACAUUCAAUAGCAACAUAUGGGACUGGGAAAACUUUUGGGAGCUUUUCAGCUUAAACAUACAUUCACAAAAUCUUUUCGAGCUGCAAAAAUUCAAUUGCCUGCUUAGCUUCUUAAAGGGGGAACCUCUUCAAUCGAUGAAGAAGUUCCAACUCACUAGGCAAAACUACGCAAAAGCAAUAGAAUUUCUUACUAACAAGAGAAACUCUGAAGAACUUAUUCGCCAGACCUUCAGAAAGAUGGACAAAAUCUCCCUUCACUCACCGUCCAUACAAGAGCAACGCAGACAAUUGGAAGACAUAAAAGCCAUCAUAGGCCAAUCAGUGCAAAAAGGUGAAAAUGUCGACAAUCAGUCCACGUAUCAAAAGGUACUUUCAAAAUUUCCGGUCAGGAUCCAACGUAAAGUUCUUCACAAAAAGAUCACUUCUCCCGACGAACCCUUCACCAUGCAGCAGAUUCUAAAACAUUUCGAAGAGGUUGUGACUAGCGAGGAACUGGUAUGUCUCCAGACCACCUCAACACCUCCUCGAGAUACAGUUUGCCUCGACAAUAAAGUCAAACAAUGGAAGUCGCCGACAACAAAGUCCUUGUGCAUGCAUUGUAGAGGCAACCAUAAGCCUUUCUAUUACUGUAAAUACGAAACACCUCAAAAAAGAUACCAGUACCUUUAUUCCAUAUUUGCGCCUCUCCAUCCCACAGCUCAAUUCAGUGCAACGGGUCGUUGUGUCGUAAGUCGUAAAUGCCAGAAACGUCACCACACAUCAUGCUGCUUUUUUUCAGCACCAAACGAGAAGACAUUCGUGACACCUACGAAGAAUUCGAAUGCCAAAAGCAAGGCCAACGUCAGUAAACACAAAGAAAAGAGCAUAAAAACCCACUUCUACGUCCAAAAUAUAGCACAUCGGCCAAGAAACACCGGCCAAAGACAAAAUUUCGACGAACUCCAGCACAGAAUUGCAGUUAACUUUCCUACCUACAAGGAGCUGGCUAUAAUGAACCCAACCACAAAGCAGUUAGAGAAGGUUUCCGUCUUACUGGACACGGGAGCCGCCUUUAUCGACGAGAAUCUUGCACAAAAGCUCUAUCUACCGACGAUAGAAGAAAUUAAACUACGGCUAAACACAUUUGGCUCAAACAAUGUGCAAGAAUGCGUUUCACGAAAGGUUCCAUUACAGGUAUGGGACGCGGACGGCCAUCAAAUAUCGUUAUUCUUGUUCACACAUAACGCGAUAACGAAACCUUUUAAACCCCGUCAAUUUGUUCAGAAGACAUAG